AUGCGCCUUGGGAAACUACUGCGGGGCUACCGCACAGUUCACCCAAGAAGUAUCCAGGAAGACCCGCUCGCACUGGCGGAACUUCACCGGGGAAAUGGCAGGAAAUGCACGGGGCCGAUCGUGCUCGAGAGCCUGGAUGGCGUUGCCCAGAUGACGCCGGAGUUUACCGUGAGUGGUCGACAGCUGUGGAAGUCCACGAAAUUACUGCGUGAAAAUCGACAGCUACGCCGCUCCUUGCAGGCAUGCGUGGUCGGAGGAGCCGAUGCCAUUCGGCGCGUGUGGCGAGACUACAAGAUCCAGCCGCACGUUGUGUACGUCCCCAACACGGAGCCAGCGGUGCCCGCGUGGUGCCUGCAGGAGGAGCUUCCCAGUUGCGUCGUCUGCUGCUCCCCCGUCGACGUCAAUAAAAGUUUGCUCAGUGCCGAGAGGGGGGACGGCUACGCGGCGGAGUUUCCUAUCCCAACUAGCUUUUCGUUGGAAGCUUUUUUAGGAUAUCAGAAACCCACACGGCUUGCCUCCGUGUUGGUGCUGGUGGGCCUGCGAAUUCCCAGCAACGUCGGCGUGCUCAUCCGAGCUGCGGUGGACAUGGGGUUUGAGAGUGUCAUUCUUGAUGACUGCGUGGAUCUCUUUCACGAAAAGGUCCUUCGCGCCAGUGGGGGUGCGGUGUUUGCGCCAACUGUCAAAGUGUUUGAAGCGCAAGCCGCAUCCACUGCCCUGUUGAACCGCGUUGCACUUGAACACCAGCUUUUGCCCUUGUUGGCGGUACCCUCGCAGGCGGCCGAACCCGCAUUUAAAGUAGCCCACCGCUUGCAUAAAUCCAACGCGUUGAGGCGCCACAACUGUGGCUCUGGCGCGGGUUCCAACGAUGACAGUUUGGGACCCAUGCUGAUUUUGGGCUCGGAGUCGAAGGGCCUCGCGAGUCUCGCGGGGAAAUGGACGGUGCCGCACUGCAUGGUUUCCCUGCAAUUGCCGAAUUCGUCCAUUACUUCCAUUAACGUGGGUGUGGCUGGGUCGGUGCUUCUCCACGCCUUCCGCCCCGCUGCGGAGAAGCACUACGCCAUGUUGUCGGAAAUUGCGCCCAAGGAGCCCGCCACCGCCACUGCAGGCCAGUUUCUUCUCACGGAAGUCGAAGCAGGAACGCAGAAAUGA